AUGCUUAGCUCUGAAUGGAAAGACCAUGCCGCAGCUGGCAUCCAAAAGUUUUUCUGGGAGACUAUUCUUCGUCGCAAGCCGCUUUUACCCUCCAAAGAUGGACGCCAUAUCCCCCUCAACCCUACGGGCGUUGAUCCCGGCGGCCUGAUUGACGAACGCAGCAACAAACCCUAUAUAAGCAACUUCAUUCGCUCCAGUCGCUACACAGUCUACGACUUUGUUCCGAAGCAACUUGUUUUUCAGUUUAGUAAGCUUGGAAACUUUUAUCUCCUCAUCAUGGGUAUUCUUCAGGUGAUACCUGGUCUCAGCACCGUUGGGAGAUAUACAACCAUCGCUCCACUCAUUGGCUUCGUGGCCUUUAGCAUGGCCAAGGAAGGGUACGAUGAUUACAGACGAUACCAGCUCGAUAAGUCAGAAAAUCGAAGCAUGACCUGGGUUUUGACACACGGCGUGAGGGAGGGGAGAGAGAGGCCAAAAAUGUCGGGAUGGCGAAAUACGAUGAGGCGAAGACGGAGGGGGAAUAAGAAAAGACUUGGGGCAGAUGAUGAGGAUGUCAUUCUGCAAGACAUUGAAGAGGGAGCUCUCGCCAGGUUGGACGAGACAAAUGACUGGAUGAAUAUUCAAUGGCAGCAUGUCCAAGUUGGGGAUGUUGUGCGUCUCCGCCGCGACGAAUCAGUGCCUGCAGAUAUAGUCAUGCUUCACGCCACGGGACCAAAUGGCGUUGCGUACAUCGAGACGAUGGCACUAGAUGGCGAAACCAACCUCAAAGCCAAGCAAGCUUGCCCUCUACUUGCAGAGAGAUGUGGCACAGUUGAAGGGCUUCGGUCGACUCAGGCAACCGUUGUAUCUGAGGAUCCCAAUCUCGACCUAUACAACUUUGUGGGGAGAGUCACUGUUGAUGGUGGUGAAACUGUACCUCUAUCCAUGAACAAUGUCAUCUACCGAGGAUCAAUAUUACGAAACACUAUAAUGGCAAUUGGGCUUGUGGUCAAUUCAGGCGAGGAAUGCAAGAUUCGGAUGAACGCGAACAAAAACGUCCACGCCAAAAAGCCAGCCAUGCAGUCUACAAUUAACAAAAUGGUCCUUUUCCAAAUUACAAUCGUUCUCUCCCUGGCAAUUGGGUUUACCAUCGGAUAUAACAAAUGGAAAAGCGAUACAGAGGACAAAUCUUUCUAUCUUGUCCAGAGUGGUGUCUACGACGCAAGUGUGCCAUUUAAACAGAUCUUCUUCGGAUUCCUCAUCAUGUUCAACACGUUGAUUCCUCUUUCUCUAUAUAUCAGUUUGGAGAUUGUCAAGAUUGGACAGCUCUUCUUGCUGCAGGACGUGGACAUGUACGACCCAGUCACGGACACUCCCAUGGUGGCCAACACAACGACCAUUUUGGAGAACCUUGGUCAGGUUAGCUACGUGUUUUCGGAUAAAACAGGGACAUUGACGGAGAACCUGAUGCGUUUUCGGAAGUUGAGCGUUGCGGGCGUUGUCUGUUUUCAUGAUAUGGAUAUCCAAGGGGAGAGUGCCAGAGCAAAGGGGAAGCAACCCAUGUCGGCUAAUGCUCCUGUGGACAUGAAGACUGAAGAACUACUUGAUUACAUUCGUCGUCGACCAAAUACCCCGUUUUCUCAGAAGGCCAAACAGUUUUUGUUAUGCAUAGCCCUUUGUCACACCUGCUUGCCCGAAACCAACGAAAGCGGAGAAAUCGAGUAUCAGGCCGCAUCUCCUGAUGAGCUGGCCCUUGUUGAGGCGGCGCGGGAUCUGGGCUAUAUUCUCAUUGACCGACCAGCUCAGUCCAUCAAACUGCAGAUGCAAGGCGCAGACGGCGCACUACAGACAGAAACUUACCAAGUACUUGACGUGAUCGAGUUUAGCAGCAAAAGGAAGCGGAUGUCUAUCAUCGUUAGAAUGCCUGACAAUCGGAUCUGCGUCUUUUGUAAAGGCGCAGACAAUGUCAUCAUGGCGCGGCUCAGGCUGAAUCAAAUGGCUACUCAGAAGGCCAAAGACGUUAAUCGAAGAGCGAGCGUCAGAAAAACAUUCGAGCAGGAUAAGGCAAUCAAACGCAUGAGCAGUCAAAUCAGCAGAAAGAAUUCGACCCGCAACAGCUUUGGCGUGGCACGAAGCAAAUCAACCGCUGGGCUUGAAGGGUUGAGAAGCAAUAUCGCAAGGCGCUCCACAGAUCUUUACCGGCUCUCACAAGCCGAAGAAAUGGCUUCGUGGCUUCAUAGGCGGAAUACGGAGGAGAUUGUGACUCCUCGGCCUUCGACUGACGUGCUGCGGAGUCCCAGGCAAAGCUUGGGUCGUAUGCCAUCGUGGGACUAUAGGGACUAUGAUGGCGACGACGACGACGAGAGAAUAGACGAACUGGUGGCUGCAGAUGAGGCAACGAUUUUCGAAAAGUGCUUCCAGCAUGUGGAUGAUUUUGCUGUCGAGGGACUGCGGACGCUUCUGUAUGCAUAUCGACAUAUCGACGAGGAUACCUAUACGCAGUGGAAAGCUUCAUACAGGGAAGCGGAAACGAGCCUGGUGGACCGUCAGGAGCGCAUCGAAAUAGCUGGAGAGAAAAUCGAAGAAGGGUUCGAGCUUGCUGGCGCCACAGCUAUAGAAGACAAGCUCCAAGAGGGAGUCCCGGAAACAAUCGACAAGCUUAGGCGAGCAAACAUCAAAGUGUGGAUGCUCACAGGCGACAAGAGGGAAACUGCCAUUAAUAUCGGACAUUCAGCACGAGUGUGCAAGCCGUUUUCGGAGAUUUACAUCCUGGAUUCCUCCAAGGGCAAAUUGCAGGAAGCCUUGAUGACAACGCUCACUGAGGUUGCGCGAGGGAUGGUGCCUCACUCGGUUGUGGUUGUGGAUGGGCAGACCUUGGCCGUGAUUGAUGCCGAUGAAGAGCUUGCCGCCUUGUUUUACGACCUAGUUGUACGAAUCGACUCGGUCAUCUGCUGCCGAGCAUCUCCCUCGCAGAAAGCUAACUUGGUCAAAUCCAUAAGGAAAUUUGUCCCCAAGAGCAUGACUCUGGCCAUUGGCGACGGUGCCAACGAUAUUGGCAUGAUUCAAGCCUCGCACGUGGGCAUUGGCAUCUCUGGUCGCGAAGGCCUGCAAGCAGCGAGGAUAGCAGAUUAUUCGAUUGCCCAGUUUCGAUUCCUUCAGAAACUGCUGUUUGUACACGGGCGAUGGAACUACAUCCGGACGGGCAAGUACGUCUUGGCUACGUUUUGGAAGGAGACUUUCUUUUUCCUUAUACAGGCGCAGUUUCAACGUUUCAACGGCUAUACGGGCACUUCGCUCUAUGAGUCGUGGAGUCUCACGCUAUUUAAUGGCGCGUUUACUUCACUGCCGGUCAUUCUGCUGGGAAUCUUUGACAGGGACUUGCAGCCUGCGACGUUGCUGUCUGUGCCAGAGCUGUAUACCUUUGGUCAGCAGAGAAAGGGAUUUAAUUUGCUGCAGUAUCUGGGAUGGAUGGCCAUGGCUGUUGCUGAAAGCGUCGUUACGUUCUACUUUAUGUUGGAGGCGUUUCAAAGCAUUCUGUUUACGGAAGAUAACGGGCUCUAUGCAAUGGGCACGAUAUGUUUCAGCGUUGGCGUUAUCUUCAUCAACACAAAGCUGCUGCUUCUGGAGUUUCACAGCAAGACUCUGAUCCCGCUAAUUGGCCUCGCCAUAGAAAUCACAGGAUGGUUCCUCUGGAACCUGAUUCUAUCCGCCAUAUACCAAAGAACCGUCGGUCCAAUAAUAGUGAGAGACGAAUUCAUACAUAAUUUCGGGCCUCGGCUAUCCUGGUGGACGUCACUCGUCCUUGGAUUAGUCACCCCUAUAAUCAUGGAGUUGGCCGUUCAAGCUGUCCGUCGCGUAUACUUCCCAACAGACCAAGACUUGAUGCAGCGUAUAGAAAAGGACGCCAACUCGAAAGAAAUCCUGAAGAAAUACGCCAUGGAUGGAGGUGCUGAUGUAGAAGCUGGGAACACGCAAGGCAUUGAGCUGGAAGAGAUGAGGCUGCCAAGUGACCAGAGGGGAGAAGGCAGGAGAUCACUUAGGGUGAGCCAUGACGAUUAUCGGCCGCCGGGAUUUACUCCGCUGGUGGAAGAGGGGGAGAACGUGCUUGAAGAGGUUGACACGAGGGGAGAGAGGGGAUGA